AUGGAUAAGCGGCUUAUGGAAUCGCAAAUAAAAUGUUUUACAUACUCGAAGGCGGUGUGGGAUAUUCGUUUCAAAUGCCUAUGUGCGAUGAAUGUUGGUGAGGAAAUACCAGCUAGGUGUCUUGGUGAAACAGGAGCUCUCAGCUUCAAGAAACCUACGGAACAAGAUUUUAGAGAUACACAGGAACUAGAGGCUAGCCUUGCUCAACUUAAUAUUUUUGAAACUCAAGAGGAGAUAUCACAGAGACGUGAAGCUCUCGUUAGGCUGCAGGAAAUUUCAAAUGCAUGGAUUCGUCAAAAAGCACUGGAACAAAAUCUCCCCGCACAUGUUGCUAAUUCUACAACUGGGAAAAUUUUCACUUUUGGUUCAUAUCGUUUAGGUGUCAAUUUCAGGGGUGCCGAUAUUGAUUCUUUACUGGUCGUCCCACGGUUUAUAACACGCGAGGAGUUUUUCAGUGAUUUUCAGACUGUAUUAGCGGAAAAUUCUAAUGUGGAAGACUUACACGCUGUUGUGGAUGCCUUUGUUCCUGUACUUAAAAUGAAAUUUAUGGGAGUUGAAAUCGACCUUUUAUUUGCUCAAAUUGAUCAAAUGUCUAUACCGGAAAACUUCAGUCUUUGUGAAAACACAGAGGUGCUCAUGAGAAAUAUGGAUGAACGAGAUGUGCGCAGUAUUAAUGGUGUUCGUGUCACAGAGGACAUUCUCAAUCUUGUGUACAAUAAAAAUUCUUUUAAAGUAGCCCUAAAGGUUAUACGAAUCUGGGCUAAGCGUCGGAAUGUCUAUUCAAAUGCAUUGGGGUUCCUCGGUGGCGUGUCUUGGGCAAUUUUAGUUUCUCGAAUUUGCCAACUUUAUCCGUACGCUACGCCAUCCAUGAUCGUCUAUCUAUUUUUUACCAUAUUCAGUCAAUGGCCUUGGCCGAAACCUGUUAGGUUGCGGGAGUGUGAGUAUAUUGCAAGUUUGUGCUUACCUGUCUGGGAUCCGAGACUUAAUCCUUCUGAUCAAUAUCACUUGAUGCCUAUAUUGACUCCAAGUUACCCAUCCCAAAAUUCAACGUACAAUGUACAGCGAAGUAAUCGCAUUAUUAUUGAAAGGGAAUUAAAACAAGGUUUGAAUGUUGUCAGGGCUUCAAUGAUGCACAAGGGUUCCUGGUCAAACCUAUUUGAAGCAGCCUUUUUCUUCCAAUAUCGUCACUAUGUUGUUGUCAUCGUUGUUGGAAAUACUAAACAUACUUUCAUCGAAUUAUGUGGUUUGGUGGAAUCCAGAUUACGUGUUCUUGUUAGCAAUUUCGAGGUAAACCGUUAUGUCAAAAUGGCACAUGUAAACUGUCAUGCCUACGGAAAAGGUCCUAAUGAUGAUGAUGCUAAUUUUGUUCGUAAAUGGUUCAUUGGGAUGGAAUUCGAUCGCAAUACUAAUUCUUUGACCAGUACUGUUCAUAAUUCAAAUGUCUCUAGUGAUAAGGCUACCCUGAACGUAGACCUAAGUGAGAAUAUCAGCUCUUUUGAAAAAUCAAUUGAACGUGGUCUUUCAAGUGAAGACUUAUCAGUAACCGUUAAAUAUGUCAAAAAGUCACAAUUAGCUCAGUUCAUUUCUGCAGAAGAUAUGGAUGAAAUUAAACGUCAAGCUGCUUCUGCCGCUUUAUCAAAUGUAAAUAAUCCUACUGAAAGUCUGAAAAGUGGCCGUUUACUUCCGAACAGCAACACAUUGAAUUCAAUAUCCAGUCCAGCCAGCAGUAUUGAACUCUCUGGAUCUGAGGAAUUUUCGUCCCCUGCAAAUAGUCUUCAUAAUUCCAUUUCUACAAGUUCUCUGACCAACAUGGCUACCAUAAACUCAUCACCAAAAUGUCCUCCUCCAUCUCCGAAAUUAAUAUCCCCUGGGGUAUGUGGUGCUGUACCAUCUGACAUUCAACUAAAUGAAUCAUCACUUACCCUAGAUAAUCAUAAAUAUGAUCCCAUGAAGGAUACACAUUUAUUGUCUUCAGAUCAUUCCUUGUGCAAUAAUACACUCAAUACAGUCGAUUCUACUGGUAAACUUACACCAAAACGUGUUGGAUUGGUUGAUUCCAGUCUUGAACUUUCCUCCGAUAGUCAUCCAAAUUCUAGGAGUAAUGCUGACUCACAAUUGCAUGGUUCGGAAGAUUUUAGGAAGCGUGCCCGUAUAUCUUCGGAAAAUUCACGAGCUGUUGUUUUUACUUCAUCUGCCCAGUAACCAUUACGACAAAAAAACUACUGCUUCUUGUUCUCAGAAAAACAAGCAAACUUUCACUAGUCCCUUGUAAUUAUUUAUUUCUGUUUUCCAGUGUCGAUGGUCUAUAUAUAUAUAUAUAUAUAUAUAUAUAUAUAUAUAUAUAUAUACAGACAUAAUUGAUGUAUUAAUUUCAGUUGUUUGAUGUUCAAAUCUGUUGGAUUGCCUUAGUUGACUUUUUGGUUAGUAAUACCUACCAUAAUCACCAUUCUCACUUGUGUGCAUUUAAUCUGACGUUUGUUUCAUAUUUGCAAGUUUGUAUUCAUUCGUUGGUCUGUUGUUAUUUUCGAUUAACGGUUUUUACCUGUUUUUGCGUGGGGGAGAAAACAUGAAGUCUCAGUCACUACCACCGUUUUCAUCAUUUUCCUUGAACUGAAAGUUCUUCACAAAUGUGCAAAUGUUUCCUUAUAACAAGUAUAGGUUGAAAUGCCGACGACUGUCAUUGUAGCAAGUUCGCAUCCAAUAAUCUCUGAGUAUUCUAUAUGGAUACGUGGUUGUUAAAGUUUGUGUUCUGGUGUCUGCAUACGUGUGUUUGAACGUUGUGUGUGUGUGCGUGUGUGUAUAUAUAUGUUCAACUAUAGUCUGCGAAAAAUUGUAUGUUUGCACAUUUGAUUGUUCUUCGUCUGUUUUUUCUGCUUCUUUAAUUAUUUAGUUCCUUAUAUGCUGUUGUUCUGACAUUUGGCAGUCGUCAUGUCUGGUUUCUUUUAUUCCUUAUUUGUAAACAUUUUUGUCGUCUUCUGUCUUUUUUUGUUUGUUCGUUUUGCAAGUUUUUGUAUGUAGUUCUCUAAAUAUUAGAUAAAUUUCCUU